AUGCACAUUUCCUUCGCAAUGAAUUGGUGGAACAAAAGCCGUCUGUGGACGUUAUCUUCAGCGGUCUAGCCCUGCGCUAUCAUUAUUUUCACAACACUCUUACCUAUAUCCCGGUAAUCUUCUUCGAAAUAUAGUACCUAAUAAAGACACCUCCCUCUCCAAACUUUAGGUUCCCUUAAUCGCGUUGGUUUUACUUCCGCCAACGCCAAAUGUUGUGCUUAGUGAAGACCUUUUAAGCCUAAACUGUAGUGUUGUGCCGUAACUCAUGGUAGACGGGUGCAUUAGGCGAUCCUGGUGCACUUUGCCCACAACGCCAUGAGCGUCCUUGUACGCGCAUUCGCGGAGGAGCGGCGCAGGCGCCUGCAAGUCUGUCUGCUCCUGAAAGAGCAACAGGACAGUGAAACACUGAAGACGAAGGACGCGCGACAGCCGGAUACCUUCGAUUCCAACGAUGGCAGCCCCAAAAUUCCAGGUUCCAGUACCUCCGCCGCCCCUCUUCCUCCCAGCCGCUCCCAGCAGCUGGCCCUGGCCAGCCUGCACCGGCUGCACCCCACCGCCACGUUCCUCGCCACGCGGGGGCGCGGACACGGCAGGGGAGGGGCAGGUGGGCCCGCCAGGAGGUGGAGCAAGUACCUGCCGGGUAGGGGCGAGCCCGGAGAGCAGGCCAGCGCUGACACCGCAGCUGUAGAUCAGCAUGAAAGCCCAAGGACUCAUGUAACAAAGAAGGGUGCGCCUGCCUGCUGCGACCCGAGCAGCGACACGUCGGUCCAUGACAGACAAGUACCCCUUGUCCGGGAACCCCGAUUACCGUCCGCGGCGACUGCACCUCCUGCCGCUCAAUCCCGACCCCAGCCUCAGCCGCAACCCUCCCGUGCCUCAGCUCCUGCAGCAGAACCUGAUUCAGACCACUGCCGCCACUUGGAACUCAACGGCAUUAUGGAACUAGGGGAGGCCAUCCAGCGCGUUAAGCCGAUACUAGAUACGGCGGCCCCUAGCAGCGCCGGCGGCGGCCGGGAGGAAAUUGGGGCCGGAAGCGACGCCAGCACGUCCACAGGAGAGCCUCCAGAGGAUCCAGACACCGAGCGGUUGCGCGCGACGUACAAAUACCUCAAGACCGCUGCCGCGACCCUCAACAAGUUGGAUGCAGCAAACCGCGGGCAUGUGCGGACGAACCUGACUUUGGACAUCCAGCAAAGGGACGACGCCGCGAUGAUGGAAGCGCAGUGGCAAUGCGGGGUAUUGAAGGUUUGGCUUAUGGCGCAGCCCGUGCUGAAACGCGCUUUGGAAGCGGUAAUGGGCGGGGGGGCGUCACCGCAGGAGCUCCUCCGCGUUUGGAGUGAGUCCUCGUCGCAGCUCGAGGGCGAGCAGCGGGGAGGCGAGCGCGCAGGGCAUCAUCAGCAGGCAUCCCUUGAGGAUCCGCUUACCUGCAUCUCGCCCACCCACCAGCAGCGAUGGAGGCUCCUGCUGGCGCUUUCGGAGCGGCGGGGUGUGGAAUCUGAGGUUGUGCUGGUGGCGGGAUGGGCGCUGUGCGGCCUCAUACUCUACUGGAUGGUGGACGAGUCGAGGCAUCUGCUGGAGCUGGAGCCCUUGACCUGCGCCGCCAUGUGUGGCUGCUACGUGUACCUGCAGCGCUACCAGGUCCCCGGCGUCUACGUCGCGUCGCCGGCUCAGCUGUACGACAACCUAGCCGCGGGUCCCAUGCCGCGACACGCAGCGCUGCAGGAGGAGGUGCCCCCUCGGCCGCUCUCUCCGGAGCACCUGUGCACCGCCGUGGAGACAGCCGUACGGCAGCCUGAAGCUUUCUACAUGUGGAUUGAGCUGGCACGCGCGUGGCCGCGACGGCCUGGCGAGUCAAGCGCCUUCGCGGAUUGGCAAAGGUUGGGGUUCUAUAUGAUGGUGGCCUUGACAAUGGGCGUGGCGACGUCGCCGCUCGAACAACAGCUCCUGGAUAAUCGGCAGGCGCUGCUGCAAGAAGUGCAGCGGCCGCGGCAACGCCGAGCCGCAAGCCCUCAACCGGCGGCAGGUCUGCAGCUGGAUGCGGACUUGUGGGACAUGGGCUGGCAAGACGAUCUGCAGCAGGGCCUGCUGCAGCCUUGGCGAGGCGAGGAUAACGACGGUGGGGGCAGCUACAGCGAUGGCAGCUUGCUACCUGAUGACAUUUAUUCCCGCGGUCAGGUGCUAGCAGGAAUCCUUGUGGACUUGGAGAAUGUGCGGCCGCUACCGCCGCCACCUCCCUCACAGCCUCCGCAAUCCUGUCAGCCAGAAGCUCCCUGCGUGCACCGGUACCUUCGCCUGGUCAACCCGGAAGACGCUGCGCUUGUCAUGGUCGGCUUGGAGGCGCGCCAGAAGUCCACGUUUGUCAUGCAGCCUAAACUGCAUGGCUGUACGGCUACUCAUGGCGAAGCGUGCUCCGCCAAGACAGCGCCAUCAUCGGCGCCGGCAGCGGCGGCGGCAGCAGUGGCUGCGGAGGCGAAGUUCUCAGCUGCGGCGAUGUCGGGACGCGGCGUGUUGGAGAUGAUGGUGCACCACAGUGCCACUGUUCCGACAAGGCAGCAGCCGGGCUACAAGUGGGGCCAGAUUAAGGAGAAGAUUGUCACCAUGAGCGCCAGCAGCAACUUCCCGCAGCAGGUCAAGCUGGUUCGGGAGGUGCUGGUGAAGCGGCGGCUGCGGUUCAUGUGGCUGCAGGGUCGCGGUGUGGAGGGCAUCUGGCGGGCACUGGUGACCAUUGCACAGAUCCGCCAAGAGAUGUUGGAGGCUGGCCGGGACCUAUGCAUGUGCAUCUGCCAGGCGUUGAAGUACGGCGACAGCGACGACAACGGCGACGUUGGAGACCAGCAACCGCAGCAACCGAACCCCCGACGGCCCGCAUCCGGUCAAAGCAAGACCAAGGGCCCUAUGGCAACGGACGCCGCCGCGCUGGGCCCGUGCAUGGUGGAAUACCUGUCUAAAAAGAAGGCAUAUGAGAGCGCCAGCGGGGUCGCCGGAGGCGGUGGUAAGCUCGUGGACGACCUCUGGGAUGAGUUCGAGAACGCUGAGGAGGAGCUUAUAAAUGUGGUGUCUCGCAUGAUGCUCCGGCUGGAUCCGGCUGGGGAAGGGAGUGGCGGCGGCGGCGGUGGCGGAGGAGGCCGUCGGGAGGUUUGCGGCGUGCAUGUGGGCAGCGCGCGGCAGGAGCUGACGCUGGAGUUUGGUGUGAUCGAGUGCGAGGUGGGGCGGCCGUGGCUGUCGCUGCAGGCUGAGUCGCAGGGCGCGCAGGCACAGGUGCAGGCGGCGCAGCGUCCGAUGAGUAAGAAGGAGCUGGAGAAGCUAAUGCUGGCGAAGUGAUGAGUGUCUGGGAAACUGACGCAUGCGGGAUGUGGCUGUUGUGCAGUGGCAGGGUUGGGCAUAUACUGGAGGGUCAUGGCUCAGCGGAUUGCACGGUCCUGGGCGCCGUGGUAUCACAUGAUGCACGGGCUGUCGGCAGCUGCGAAUGCGCAGGGGUUGAUGAUAUGUUGGAAAAGGCGCUGGAGCGGCAAUGGGUGUGCCAUUGGAAUCCAUGUGUGCAGUUACGGAUUUAUGGGCAAAGGCAUCGUCACUUCUAAAGGGUCAGUACCAGUUGUGCUUCCCAUGCAGUCGCAUGCAGGAAUGCACGUAGUUCGUAGGGCUGCGGUGCUGUAGUGUUUAGGUCACAGGUUAUAGCGGUACAUGCCGCGCCUAGUCCCAUGUCUGAAGGUUGGCAGACAUUCAAGUACGACAGGUAUGUUUCCUGGAGGGAGGAGAGCGCAGUGGUUGCGCCAUUCAGCCUUUUUUUUGAAAGUUGUUGACGUGUCUGUGUCUGCGUCAAUUCCACGGUUGUGUUUUUUGUGUCCAAUGCAGGGAUGCUACUGCAAACUUAGUUUUCUACCGUUGGGCCACGUGGGUUGGGUCGUAGUAAUUAGGAUGGACGUCCUCCCAUGAGGACAGAAAGAGGGAGAGCGCAUGGGAAGCUGAACAGUGUUGUGAAACGCUGUGUAGGGGCCUGAAAAUUUUUGCACAUUCUGAAGCGCGUUGAGCCAUUCCUUGGAGACGAAACGCACAGCACUGUCUUAGCACCGCAGGAUGCUGGCAUGAGAGCAUUUGUUUCUGUCGUUUGUGUCGUGUUUGUUUGUCACGGCACGUACGCAGUGGCAAACCAUGUGUGCUUGUGGUGUCUGUGGGCUCCCUUCACACUUUACUGGUAUGUGCGAGAUGGAUGGGGGAGUUGGUGGGGGCGGCGGCGCGAUGAUGCAUUGCAAAUAUGCCCUUUGUCCUACGCAGGAUUGGUUGCAAUGUGCUAGCCUUUCUGGACGGUGCGUCCUCCUGCUGGAUAUGCUGCCAGGGAUACUGGUUCGUUAAAUGGCGGAUGGGGAGUAAAGCUUACGAGACCCAACGAUUGGGUAUUUGUCGCAUGCGUUCCGCCACAUGCUACUGGGAGUACGACGCGGAGGAUUCGUACUCUCCUGGUAUGAAAGUGGUUUGUGAAGACUAACAAGGGGCCUCCCGCCUGCGAACUGUGGGGAAUGCCAAUGCAAACUUUAGCUGAAA